CUAAUUGAAACAUUUUAAACUUCCAUGUAGACCACAUGGAACACUUCUGAGGGCCAGAUAGGGUCCCUGUGGGCUGCCAGCUUUCGACCUCACCUUUGGGGUGAAUGGGCACAUCUGCCAGCUAUUUUUACAUGACCGGCUGAGAGCCUAGAGGACGGAUAGGUGGGGGUGGGGUCAGGGUUGAAGGAGAUGAGCACCAAAGCAUCAAAAAAUUGGAAUUUCUAGUCUUUCUGCCACUGCUAGAAGGCAUCUAUGCCCUCAUAGAACUGAAGACUAGAGAAGGCAGAGAUUUGUCCGAGGUCAUGCAGAGCUGAUUCCUGCAGUGGGUCCAGACCCCACGUAUGCCGGCUCCUAGCCAGUUCUAUCACACAAACCGCUGCCUCAAAACCAGGCCACACUGUCUGCCCAGGACACCAAACCUGGCUCCACCAGGAGCAUAAGAAACUUCCCAGAAGUUGGAAAGAGAUGCCCUUUCUACCCAGAGUCAAAGUUCCCCUGACGCCUGUCCAGCCCAGAUUCCCCAUUGGCUCAUGGGGUCCGCCCCUUCUGGCUUCUUUCCCCUGCCCAGAAGCUCUGUGAGAGGGGACAUUCCCCGGGAGGUCAGUGGUCACCACAGAACCAUGACUGAGUCUGGCAAGCCCAUCCUCUAUUCCUAUUUCCGAAGCUCCUGCUCAUGGAGAGUUCGAAUUGCUCUGGCCUUGAAAGGCAUUGACCAUGAAAUGGUAACCAUCAACCUCAUAAAGGACGGGGGCCAACAGUUCUCCAAGGAAUUCCAGGCACUGAAUCCCAUGAAGCAGGUGCCAGUCCUGAAGAUUGAUGGAAUCACCAUUGGCCAGUCACUGGCCAUCAUUGAGUACCUGGAGGAGACUCGGCCCACUCCACGACUUCUGCCUCAGGACCCAAAGAAGAGGGCCAGCGUGCGAAUGAUUUCUGACCUCAUCGCUAGUGGCAUCCAGCCCCUGCAGAACCUGUCUAUCCUGGAGCAAGUGGGACAGGAGAAACAGCUGACCUGGGCCCAGAAUGUCAUCACUUCUGGCUUUACUGCUCUGGAGCAGAUCCUACAGAGCACGGCCGGCCGGUGCUGUGUCGGAGACGAGGUGUCCAUGGCUGAUCUGUGUUUAGUGCCUCAGGUGGCAAAUGCUGAAAGAUGUGCUGUGUCUGUGCCUGGCAGUGAGCUCCACUUCUGCCUUCCUCCAUCAGCCCCCCAACAGGUUCAAGGUGGAUCUCACCGCCUACCCUACCAUCAGCCGCAUCAACAAGACGCUGCUGUCCCUGGAGGCCUUCCAAGUGUCUCACCCCUGCCGGCAGCCAGAUACACCCGCCGAGCUGCGGGCCUAGCUCCCAAACCCUGCCCCGUUGGCACAGGGACAGGAGGGGUCUCAGGAGCACAAGCUGGGUGGGCUGAACAGGCUGGAAAUGAACAAGUCCUCACCAGGGAGGCAGGAGACUUGAACUCUAGCCCUUGAAUUUAAACUCUAGCCCUAGGCUGCCUUCCCGUUGAACCUCCUUCUGCCUCCAUCCCCCCAUCAAAUGCAUGUGGGAUGGCGGGGAGAUGCGGGAGCAGGGGAGGCAGAAAUAUUACGUGCUCUCCGUGUCACGGUGCAGUCAUGAAGGGGAAACGAACAUGUGAAUUAAAGUGCCUGGCAAGUAUGCUGCAGCGCCACAAGGACGCCUGAGCGCCUCUUCUCACCCCCUCUUACUGUGCCCCACUCCAAAGAACACUCACUGAAAUUUGGUCAUUAAACUGAAGCCUGGGCCUCCA